AUGGAAGCCAUGAAAGCCACCAAGGGCGUCGACAGAAAAAGAGGCGGAGAGAGGAGGAAGUUGGUGUCCAAGUUAGUUAAAACUGGCCUCCAAUUCCUCAUCGGCCGUAUUGCUUGUUUCCUUGAAAAGGGACGCUACGCCCAACGUACCAGUACUGGCAUUCCCAUUUACCUCACCGUGGUCUUUGAAUACCUUGUCAUCGAGCUUAUUGACGUGGUAACUGCGUAUCUCUAUGAGGAUCUAGAUACAGAAAUAUUUGCGAUCGUUGUAGUUUAUGUCGACGACAUGAACCUCAUCGGAAUUCUCGCAAAGCUUGAAGAAAUUGCCGUGCACUUGAAAUUGGAAUUUGAGAUGAAGGAACUUGGGAAAACUUGA